CUGGUCGAACUUUCGAAAGCUCAAGAUAUUGAAACCGGCGAUGGAACUACCACAGUAGUGGUCAUGGCUGGUAGUUUACUGGAUGCAUGCUCGAAGUUACUUGAUAAGGGGAUUCAUCCGACAACGAUUUCAGAUGCAUUUCAGAAAGCGGCUCAAAAAGCAUGUGAAAUAAUUGAAUCCAUGGCGAUCCCAAUUGAAUUAAGUAACAUUGAGCAACUCACGAAAGUUGCUACGACUUCUCUGAACUCAAAAGUGGUCUCGCAACACUCGGAUGCGCUAGGACCAAUUGCUGUUAAGGCGGUAUUGGACGUGGUAGAUCCCAAUUCUCCUCAAUCAAUGGAGAACAAUGUAAUAGUCACGGACUACACUCAAAUGGACCGGAUUAUGAAAGAAGAGCGACAAUAUAUCCUUAAUAUUGUUAAAGCAGUUAAAAAAGCCGGAUGUAAUGUGUUGUUGAUUCAGAAGAGCAUACUUCGUGAUGCUGUAAAUGAGCUUGCUCUCCAUUACUUUUCCAAAAUGAAUAUCAUGGUCGUGAAGGACAUCGAACGCACCGAAGUUGAGUUCAUCUGCAAGACUUUGCACUGUACUCCAAUUGCCAGUUUGGAUCACUUCAAUCCUGACUAUUUGGGUGUUGCUAGUUUAGUCGAGGAAUCCGAAGCUACCGCCCGCUGUGUUCGAAUCACUGGAAUUCAAAACAGAGGUCGCACAGUCUCAAUAUUAGUUCGCGGUUCGAACAAAUUGAUGCUGGAUGAAGCCGAACGUUCUCUUCACGACGCUUUAUGUGUGAUUCGUUGUUUGGUAAAGAAGGGUGCGAUGAUCGCUGGUGGAGGUGCUCCGGAAAUCGAAAUUGCCCAAAAACUGGCUCUGAUUGCAAACAGCACGCCAGGAUUGGAUCAGUAUUGCUUCCGAGCAUUCGCCGAUGCAUUUGAAGUGAUCCCCUACACGCUGGCAGAAAAUGCAGGGUUAAACCCUAUUCAAACAGUCACGGAGCUCCGUGCUUUACAUGCCCGAGGUGAAACUCAUGCCGGUAUCAAUGUUCGUGCUUCUUGUGCAGAAGAACCAGCAGAUGGAUCCAAUUUACCUUAUGAUGUGCUGCAAACAGCAAUCACAGUAGUAUACUCGAAUAGACGCUGCUAA